UUUUUGAAACGACGCCAUUUAUCCUUCAUUCCGGUUUCACUCAUGGAUUUGUAAAGUAUUAUUUAAUUUUGCUUAAGUGUAACCCACGCGGGCGCAAUGGAUUUCUAGUUGCAAUGUGUUUUGCACACGCAAGUGUGCCAGAAAAUAUAAUCGCAAUGCCGGCCACCAUGGCGCCCCUUUUGCUGGUUGUAGUCCCUUCCACGUUAUCAGAAAACUUAAACAACAAUUCCUCCAUAUUUGUUCCUUGCAACACCGACAUCAUCAAUGGAGUCCGUGUUGCUGUGGAAAGAGGAGCCUGUUUCGCCCCUCAGCAUUGAGGAGGCUUCGCUGCUUGACGACAGUUUUUAUCAAACAUCUCUAGAGGAUGUAAAACCUGAAGACAACCUUCUCAUAUGGGAGUCCAAGGCGGAAGUUGCCUCUCACAUUCUGGAAAAUCUGGAAAAUCUUAUGGACCUAGAUGAUCUCAUCAAAGAAGAACCUUUCCUUCUCGAUGAGAAGAUGUUGCCGCUGCUAGAUGAGGUGGAACCACCGCGGGGCGCGGUCGCCGUACCCGUCCCGAUCAAAUCGGAUUACUCGAAACCGUUAACAGCGACGCCGUAUCUGAUGAACGAUUUGGGGUCGGUAUACGUCGAGCUGAGCGGCAACGCGUUGACUCCGCCCCAGAGCCCGCCGUGCGACAAUCCAUUGCUGACCACCCUCGAACCCAUUUUGGCUCGGCCAAUCUGCGCUCACGCGGAAUUGUCCAAGCCAGCCAUAUAUUCCGUACCUGAGAAGCAACUAGCGCCCGAAACGCUCCCCUACCCUCUCAUGAGCAUUCCCAUCGAAUAUGCUCAACCCCAGCAGCAAGACAUAGCCCGCGAACUCGCCGUCGUCGACGAGCUAAUCCGCACCCGCGUGGAGGACAUGCAAUGGAGCAGCGGACCGUCAUCACCAGACAGCAGCAGCAACAGCAACUUCGACGACUCGUCGUCGUCGGAAGAUCCCGAAUGGGUGCCGGAACUCGGGGAGGCCGCCACGGCCUCGGCCCAGAUGACGAAGUUGCCGAGGAAGCGGUCCAAACCGUAUUCUCCGGCCGCGUCCGACGACAAGAAGUCUCGCAAGAAGGAACAGAAUAAGAACGCGGCUACCCGUUACAGAUUGAAGAAGAAGGCGGAGGUCGAGGAGAUCCUGCACGAGGAGAAGCAACUUUUGGGGACCAACACCGAGCUCAACGCUCAGAUUAGCGAUCUGCAGAGGGAAAUUAAGUACCUUAAAGGGUUGAUGCGCGAUCUCUUGAAAGCCAAGGGCGUUAUUAAUUAGAAGUGAGAGGUUCUUGCAUUCGUUACGUAAUUUUUUUUAGAUUAAAAUUUGCGCCGGAAAAUUCGUUAGUAAAAAAAGCGCGGUGCAAUAUAACCCGGUAGGUGUUUGAUAAAAAAAAAAGUUCGCAGGAAAAGUUGUUUGAGGUUCUAUCGGGAGUCGAAUAUCGGACCCCAAGGUCCGCAGUGCCUUGGGAGGCGAUAGCGCUCCCUUUUUUUUGUUUCUAAUUUAGAUUUCGUUGUUAGAGCUUUUAUUUUACGCAUUUUAUUAACAUAUACUUGUAGGUCUAUCAUUUUACUAAUAAAAACAUUAUCGUCAUAGGUGGGAUUUACGUUUUUAUCUUUGUAUAUUAAAAUAAAUAAAGAAUAAGGGAUUUGUUCACAAUAUCAG